AUGCCUAAAUAUGCCAAAUUCCUCAAGGAGAUGCUAAGCAACAAAAAGAAAUUAGAAGAAUUCGAGACAGUCAGAUUGAAUGAGGAGUGCUCAGCAAUAUUGUUAAGAAAGCUGCCACCUAAGUUCAAGGAUCCAGGGAGUUUUACGAUUCCAUGCACAAUAGGCAAUUCUUAUUUUGAUAAAGCACUCUGUGAUCUAGGUGCUAGUAUUAAUCUAAUGCCAUUUUUUGUGUUUAGAAGAUUGGGUAUGCAGGAACCCAAGCCAACCUCAAUUUCUCUGCAGCUUGCUGAUCGCUCGACAACUUAUCCUAGGAGUAUAGUGGAGGAUGUCCUGGUCAAGGUGGAUAAGUUUAUAUUCCCUGCAGAUUUCAUUGUCCUUGACAUGGAAGAAGAUGACGAAGUACCCAUCAUACUAGGAAGGCCUUUCCUAGCUACAGGAAGAACGAUAAUAGAUGUUCAGCAGGGGAAGCUUACAUUAAGAUUGAACGAAGAGGAAGUAGUAUUUAAAGUUUUUAAUUCACUUAAGCAUCCCUCCACUUUUGAUUCUUGUAAUUUUGUGUCAACUAUAGAUGUUACCUCCCUCUCUCUGAAUGUACCACAGGUACAAGAUGGAUUAAUGAAAGAUGUAUUGGAGAGAAUACUUACAUUAGAAAGGAGGGAUUUGCACGACACUGAAGAAAUAAUAGAUGAGAUCUUAGCAUUGAACAAUGGGGUACCUAGAAGAUGGUUCGAACAAAGGAUAUUUGAAGAUUUAGGAGAACACUCCUAG